UGUGUAUAACAUGUAUCCAAAACCUAAAUUUUGAGUGCAUAGAAACUCAGAGAGAAAAGCUUAACUUCUGAGAGUUUAUGAUCUCGGAGCAAAUUACGGCAUCGGAAAAUGAACGAUUUGCUCUCCAGCUCCUUCUCCGAGGACUCGCCGGACCACCAUGUCAUUGAAAUGGCGGCGACAUCCACCGAACUCAACAAGUUUUUCCAGGACGUGGAGUCGGUCCAGAACGAGCUCAAUGAGCUUCAAAAGAUCAAUAAGAGCUUGCAAAGCGCACACGAGCAGAGCAAGAGUCUCCACAACUCCAAGGCAGUCAAGGACCUCCGAUCCCGCAUGGACGCGGACGUCCAUACCGCCCUUAAGACCGCUAAGGUUCUUAAGGUGCAGUUGGAUGCAUUGGACAAGUCCAACGCCGCCAAUCGGAGCUUGCCUGGCUGCGGUCCUGGCUCCUCAUCUGACCGGACACGGACGUCGGUGGUCAACGGGCUGAGGAAGAAGCUAAAGGAUUCCAUGGAUAGCUUUAACGACUUGAGGAACAAGAUCUCAUCGGAGCAUAGAGAGACCGUUCAGCGUAGGUACUUCACGGUCACCGGAGAUAACCCCGACGACAAAACCCUAGACCUUCUCAUCUCUACAGGUGAGAGCGAGACAUUUUUACAGAAGGCAAUCCAAGAGCAAGGAAGAUGGAGGGUUUUGGACACCAUACAAGAGAUUCAAGAGAGACAUGAUGGUGUGAAGGCCAUGGAAAGGAAUCUGAAUGAGUUGCACCAGGUGUUCAUGGACAUGGCAGUUCUUGUGCAAGCUCAAGGUGACCAGUUGGACGACAUUCAGGGUCAUGUGGAGAGAGCUAACUCGUACGUGCAUGCUGGCACCCAGCAGUUGCAGAAGGCCAGGUUCUUCCAGAAAAACAGUCGUAAAUGGACUUGUUAUGGCAUCAUACUCUUGCUCAUCAUCGUUGGGAUUAUAUUGGCCGCGACGCUGCCUAAAUAGUAAAUCAUAAUUUCACAAUCAUUUGGUUACCAUUUCGUUUCUUUAGCUUUAAAUUUUCACCUUUUUGCUUGAGAUAUGUCUGUGGUCCAUAUACAUUUUUGUUCUUAUUUUUCUCUCCAUUUCUUUUGUAUGUAUAUUGUAUUGUGUAUAUAUAUACUUGUAUUUUUUUUUUUGGUUAGGUUGAUUGGUUGAAGAGUGCAUUAUUUUCAUAUAUAGUGAUCUUUCUAUGACAUUUUGUAUUUUUUUUUUAAUUAAAGAGAAGGAUAUCUAUAUA